AUGAGUAGAAUGAAAAGUGAUGUUGCAAAAUAUAAUGAUCAUAAUAGUGUCAGGGAUCUUGAUGUUAAGGUCAGCCAGUGUCUCAUGGAGGCGCAGCAGUACUAUCACGGCAUGGACGCUCAAAAAAGUAGUAAUAUUAAAGACCUCCAAAAUGAAUUGGAGAAAGAUGUUAAUAAUGCUACUGAAAUAAUUAGAUAUCAGCGUGGGAGGCUGAGUGCAAUCCAUGACACUCAGAAGAGGCAUUUGCAGCAGGUGACUGAAUUGGUUGAGAGUAGGAUUGAUGCUGCCAGAGAUUUAAUCAAGUCAACUACGACAGAGAAAAUACGGGAUUUUGUUAGGGAUUUAAAUAUGAAAAUAGAUAUGCUAAGUAGGAAAGUUUGGGAUGCUGAUGCUGCCUUGAAAAAAUACGUCACCGACAUUGAAGGAUGGAUAAAUAAAGCAGAUGAUGCAGUUGAUAAGGCGAUAACCAAAAUUGAUUGCAUUUUAGAUCAAGUGGAUGGGUCUAGAAGAAAAGAUACAAACAAGCAAAACCUAGAAGAAGCUGUUGAGGACUUGAGAAAGAAAACGCUUCAUUUCUUGGAGGCGUACAACUAUGCCAAAGGGGUGUACACAGCGGCGGCGGCGAAACUCCCGGAUUUGCUUGGUAAGGUCACGCAGGCAAUUAAGGGAUUAGAUAGUGUUAUCAUGAAUGAUUUGGAAAGCCUAGAAGCAAAAUUCAAGACUGCGUUAGGAGAAUAUGUUAAGGAGCAGGUUGAUGCUCUUAUUGAUGCUAUUAAUGCUGCUGAUGCAUCCGGUGGAGGAGGUAUGGAAGCUAAAGCUGGCCCCGGCAUUAAAGGCCUGAAAAAUGUGAGUGCAUUAAUGGAGACUAUCGAAAGAGCCGACGAACUGUUGAAGGACACCAUAGAACUUGCGAUGAGUGAUUUUCACGAUUUUACUGGUUCGAGUACUUGGUCAAAGGGCGAUAAAAAUCCUGUAAUUAUAGCACUCAAAGAUGAUCUUGAGAGCGCAAUUGGGACCGUGAUGACCGAGUAUCUGAAGAGCACUGAUGAAUUCAGAACUCAAAUGAAGGCCUAUAAACCAUAUGUUGAGAGUAACGGUGCAAUUGACAGGGCCAUUCAAGACGUUCGCGGGAAAACGUUAGGCAAAUUCACUGAUCCAAUAAACGUAAAAUCGAUCGACAAUGAGUCCAUAAAUCAAAAUGCGAACAAUUUUCGGACUAACUUCGGACAGCUCUGCAAAGCGAUUACCGAUGCUGCUGCAGACGGCAAUGCCAGCGCUAAAGAUAAAUUGAAGGAACUUAAAGGAUUAAUCUCAAAGGAAAAUCCGAAACAUACAGAAAAAAUCAAUGGAGCAAGAGACACCAUUCUGGAGAACAUCAAAACAAACUACGUCGUGUUCCUCAGAGCGCAGCUUCACGAAUUCGCCACGAAAGUCAACGAGUUACUUACCAACCUUCCCACCAAGGUGGCUUCGGAUGCAGACAAACAUUACAAGGGUUUUAUGAAGGAGCUAAAAGGGAACUUAGAUGAUAACCUUAUUGGUGUAAAUAUGUCCAAUCUAGGCACUGUAUCUCCAAAGGUGAGGGAUUUCUUCAUUGCACUGCUUACGACUCUCAACGGCAAUCCAGAGAUUAUGUUAAAUCGUGAUAAUAUCCCAGACCUGCAACACAAACUCUCCACCCUCCUCUCCUCCCUCUCCAAAUACGACCGCCCCUUCCAAACUAACCUCUCCGCCCUCCACAAUGUCCUCUCCACCAUCCGCCCCGCUUCGUACUCCGCCGAAAGCAAUCCCCUGCUCGACGUUCUCACAAAAGGCCUGACAGGGAUGCACGCUGAACUCAAAAAGGCGUACGUGUCGGCGUAUGAUGGUGUGAAGUUUGCUGCUGCGUUGACGGAGACUAAAGUAGGAGCUGAUGGACGUACAGCCGGGAAGUUAACAGCGUACGGCACGAAGUGCGCUAAAGUAUUUCUAACUGCACUUUACAUAUUAUCCGAUGACUUAAACACAUUGAAAAAAUAUGCCGGUAGUACAUGGAAACGUGACACAAUAUAUAAGGAAGCAUCAGUCGGCUACUUUCUCUCCCACCGCGGCUAUGAAGUAUCCAAGAAAGACGAGCAUAAUGGUGAAUUGCGUGAUGAUGGUGGUAUGCUUGGUUUUCAUAUCUACAGGAAACUUGAGAAUGCCAUAGAAAGCGCCAAGAGCAACGAACAUCUUCCGAAGUGCAAGGACCAUGACCAAAAUGGACAAGAUGAAGAAAGAGUAUCAACUACCCCAAGAUCACCAUUUAGUGUAAUAGGCAUUCUAGCAUGUCUAUUCAGACAUCUCCACCAAUAUAACCGUGUGUCUCACCUAAUUUUCCACCCUAAGCCUAAGCAUCCGUCUUCCAUUUACGAUAUGCUCACAUGGCUUAGCGGUCUCACUUAUAAUGCCGUAAACAAUGACUUAGCACUUAACGGUUUCCCUCAGCUAUUUGAUAAGCCUAAGAAACCGGCGUCAGAGGACAGCGACAGUGCUGAGCCUGUCGUCCUAGUGGAAGAUGAUGACGCUUUAGAGGCCUAUCCAAAGGCUAUCACAGCGAUGGGACUCUCCGACACCCUGACAGACGUGUGCCACAAAUCACACGCCGUGCUCGUCGCAAUCCUAGGCCACGGUCAUUCCGGUGGAAUUUAUGCUUGCGACUUCAAUACGAAUCCACAAGGGUUCCUAUAUCCCGCUCACUUUAACGCAUUAGUCUGUAUGCUCUUCGAAUGCCUGAAACGUGUCCACCACCAGCUUUAUCUGUUGUAUCAGCAAUGUAAACACACUUCCAAACUUAGCGGUUGGAGCGAUUGCCAUUACGGCAAAAAUGUAGCCGGGUCGUCAUGGCAGUGCAACACCAACCAAUGCGCUGACCCAGACUGUCCUCAAAGUGCUGACCAAAAGGGCAACCAGAACAAUAACCAAGCACCUAACCAAACAUGUAAGCAACACCCUAAGUGCGGUUUGAAAUCGCCUUUGCAGUCUUUCCUUGAGGACGGCCUACAAGGCUUCCUGCCACAUAACAUAACAGUUAGGGGCACCGGCCUCACAUGCUCCACCUGUAGUAAGGGAUCCCCUGGCAUUCCCUGCAGAACUCCAAUGGGCUUCUCGGAAAUAAGCCUCACCGCAUCGCACAGUAAGACGGGAGCUCAUAUAUGCGAUGUUCUUUACAAAUUCUGUCACAGUGUACACUCUCCUCUAACCAAGUUGUGCAGUCAGCUAAAUUGCGUACUGCCCAGCGCACCUAAAACGUUGGAUCAGAUGUUUGCGUUUUAUUUUCAUCUGCUUAGUGACCCGACUAAGAACAGAGAACAUAGGACAGAUGCCUUUAACAAGGCCGUUAUCGCAGCGAAUUUCGACAAUUCGAGUACAACACUGGACGUUAGCAAAAUGUUCGGCAGCAGUAAUCACUCUGAGAAUCAUCUUAGAGGUGGCCUCCACACCCUUGUUAAAUGCGAAGAUAACGGCGGUGGCCCAGUCCAGCCGUGCGGUUCAUACCUGAGGCCGUUUUGCGAUGGCAUAUACGGUGCGGUUUCUAAAGACCACUCUGCCAAAUAUCUGUCUUGGGUGCUAUAUAUAACAGGAACGUUUUAUGAUUUACUUAAGUCAUUGUAUGACGAGUGCUGCAGUAAUUGCACUAAGCCGGGAAGCAAGUGCAAUGGUCGAGGAUGUCACAAGGAGUGCAUGGUUAAAGGAGGAUACCUAUAUGCGAACACAACUCCCAGUCAUUGGUCGGAGUGCAAAUCGAUUGUCAACUGUAAAAUGACACUUCCCACAUUAUGCAAAUAUGGAAUGUAUUUCGCAAGUAAAUCUCAUCUGAAUGGAGAGAGAGAUGGAGCUGGAAAACGUACAUGUGAAGACUUUUGCAGUACAUUAGGAAAAGUUGUAAAAAAAGGAAACGCAUUGCAUACGUUGGUACACAAAUUAAUACCAGAAUUCUUAUUCACAAUUCGUGAACCCUUCAUCUGGACAUUGUUAGCCCUCUGGUCGCUGUCGCUCCUGUACCUGCUGCACAUCACCGUCGUCCGCCUCGACGUCCUGAGGAUACGCUCCCACCUGAGAUCACCCGCAAGCCACCGCAUCGCCGCGCAGUCGCUGCUCGCCGCCGCACGCGUCAGGGCACUCGCCAACGUCAAGUACUUCUCACCAUAA